GUGAAUGGUGUUACUCGAACGCUGCCACCUAAGCUCGCAAACAUGGAAACACGAUUUCUAGCUUUGCUAUUAUUAUGCCUAGCUACUGGAGUCCUGGCUAAAGCUAAUCGAAACAGAAAAGCAAAAGCAAAAGAGGCAGAACAAGUGCUGGGAGAAGCGGACCCCUACAACUACGACCCUUACUACGCCUCAGGGGGAUAUGGAGCUGGUUACGGAUCCGACUACUCGUCCUCUCAAGAUCAACAGAAGCUUCUAGAAGAGUACUACGCUUCCUUCCCGCAGGAUCCUGAGUGUAAGAACUGUGAACAGAGACCGUAUAUCGUGAAGGGGGAUGCGGGGACUCCGGGUAAACCAGGCUUCCCUGGACCUCAGGGAGAGGCGGGAACUCCAGGAACACCAGGUUCACCGGGUCGACCAGGAGACAGAGCAAGUAGUGGUAACCCAGGACCCAGGGGACAGACAGGUUCUGAUGGACCUAUGGGACCUAGCGGUCAGAAGGGUUUCCCUGGAAUGAGAGGCAGACCAGGAAGACCUGGCAGACACGGAGUUGAUGGUAACCCCGGACAAGCUGGUGUUGACGGGUGUAACGGUACUAGAGGAGAGUUCGGAGAACCUGGUACUCCCGGAUCCAUGGGCACACCGGGUCUAACUGGAGACCCAGGUCGUCUUGGGAGGGGUGGAUCACCAGGCUCCCCCGGAAAGAGAGGAGAGCCUGGAGACCAGGGACGAGCUGGUGAGCCUGGUCAGAACACAGAAAGAGGAGAACCUGGUGAACCUGGUGCUGAUGGAGCUCCUGGCAGAGCAGGAUUUCCUGGCACUGCUGGACGACCAGGAGGUAGAGGAGAAGCGGGACAGUCAGGAACCCCUGGUAGCCCAGGUACAAUUGGUCUCCCGGGUGAUGGCGGUGAAGGAGGAAGGGACGGAAACAGGGGUAGACCUGGUUCAAUGGGAGACAUGGGUAGACCCGGAAGACCUGGUGACCGAGGAGAGCCUGGGAGGGACAGUAUUCCAAGCACACCUGGUGGACUUGGUGAACCUGGAGACCGGGGUAAAGAUGGCAGACCUGGCAGAAAUGGGUCCCCAGGAAGAGGAGGAUCCAGAGGCGGAACCGGACAAAGAGGGUUACCUGGUGAGACAGGUGAACCUGGUAAGAGUCUGCGAGGAGCACCUGGAGAACCGGGGACCACUCCUAAACUACCUCCUCUUAGGGGACGAGGUGGACUUCCGGGAGAUGACGGAACCCCCGGAUUAAACGGAGAGCCCGGAAGAUUAGGAACGCCAGGAGGCCCUGGUAUUGAUGGUAUUGCUGGCUUCCCUGGUACCCCAGGACUAAGAGGAGCACCCGGGAAGAGAGGAAGCAAUGGAAGACUCGGAAUCCCAGGAAACAGAGGAUCUCCCGGAGAUCUAGGAAUUAUGGGAGGUCCCGGAGGAGCUGGACUACCUGGCUCACCUGGAAGAGGUGGAGCACCAGGAGAACCUGGCCGCCCUGGAACCACUGGAUUCGCUUUACCUGGUCGACCGGGAGAACCUGGAAAUGAUGGGCUAUCCGGACAACCAGGACUCCCUGGUGCCCGGGGUAACCCUGGUGAAUUAGGAAUGAGAGGAACCCCCGGUUUACCCGGUGCUAUGGGAGAUCCAGGUUUGGACGGUGCACCCGGUCUGGACAUGCGAGGAUUACCAGGAAUGAGAGGAGAAGAUGGUGCUGAUGGAGAAAACGGAGAGCGAGGAGAGGCAGGUACCUCUGGAGCACCAGGAAUUAACGGUAUUGACGGUCUCAUGGGGGACGGAGGACUGCCCGGUUCCCCGGGACGAGCUGGUGUCCCUGGUACCCCAGGCCAGGGUGGAGAGCCUGGGUUAGGAGGAGAACCUGGUUCACCUGGUAGAGAUGGGUUUAACGGAGUGAACGGUCAGAAGGGUACAUCAGGAGUGAACGGUAUGCCCGGAAGACCAGGUUUGAGAGGAAUGGGAGGAACCCCUGGUUUGAGAGGAGCUCCAGGAGCACCUGGUACUGCUGGAACUGAUGGUACUCCUGGUGAGAGAGGACUUGAUGGCACUCCUGGCUUAAAUGGACGAAAAGGUAGUCCAGGAGAAGAUGGACGGGACGGUAAAGUACGUUACGCUCAAAAGGGAGAAAGGGGAGACCCCGGUGCUGACGGAGCUCGGGGAGCACCAGGUGACGAUGGUUUGCUGGGAUCUGGAGGAAGGCCUGGUCUGGAUGGACUCGCUGGAAUGCCUGGACGACGUGGAGGCAGAGGAGAGCCUGGAGUUCCCGGAUAUGAUGGUCAACCUGGCCUGCCUGGAGAAUUUUCUUACGGCGCACCUGGAGCUAAUGGAGCACCCGGAACUGAUGGAAAACCGGGACUACCCGGUCGACCAGGACUUGGUGGUGACAGAGCAGCAAAUGGUAUUCCUGGAACUGAUGGAAACCCUGGUAGUCCAGGAUUGCCUGGUAACGGAGGAACUGACGGUACACCGGGUGAAGUAGGAGAUAUGGGUAACGCCGGACUUCCGGGAAGAAACGGAUAUCCUGGCCGACCUGGAUACAGAGGAGACGCAGGAAGCACAGGAAAAUCAGGGUCACCAGGACAACCAGGGUCACCGGGAGGUUCAGGACUUGAUGGAGAUGCAGGACGUAACAUGGCCGGAACCCGUGGAGCAAGGGGAGACCGUGGUGAACCGGGUACACAAGGAACUGAAGGUACUAAUGGUGAUCCCGGAAGAGACGGAAACCCCGGACGAGAUGGACUUGCUGGUCGACCUGGAUAUGCUGGAAACAGAGGACUUCCAGGGACCCCGGGAACACCGGGAACCUCUGGAGCAAAAGGAGAAAGGGGAAAAAAGACCGUUAUUCCUGGAAAGCCUGGAAAUCCUGGAUAUCCUGGACGUGGCUUCCCUGGCAGAGCUGGCCUCCGGGGAGAUCCUGGAACCGAAGGAACACCAGGUAACCCAGGACAGCCUGGUGACAAGCUGGAGCUAGGACCUGGACCUGCUGGUAACCCUGGUUUACCAGGUCGACCAGGAUCUAGAGCAGCCGGUGGAGACGCUGGUCCUCCCGGACCCCCUGGACCCCCAGGUUAUGAUGGAAUCUCUAGAGAUGGAUACCCAGGAAGGGCCGGUACACCCGGUUACCGAGGAGAAUCUGGGCGUCCAGGUACUCCUGGUACCAAGGGAGAAAUUGGAGAUGCUGGAACUCCAGGAACCCCUGGUUUCGGAACUAACGGUCUGCCUGGUGAAAAUGGACGCGACGGAAGAAACGGCAGUCCAGGACGAAGCGGAUAUCCAGGUAACCCAGGAACUCCCGGUAAGCUGGGAGAACCAGGAGUACCCGGAGCAGAUGGCACUUCCGGACUGGCUGGAGCUGAUGGGAAUCCAGGCUACCCUGGCAGAGCCGGGUACGCAGGAAGACCAGGAGAAACUGUGGUGGGAACACCUGGUAAAGCAGGAGUAAGAGGAGAGGACGGAGUACCAGGCAUGGAUGGAGCACCUGGAAAUCCUGGGUUACGAGGAACCAAUGGACGCCCUGGUAACAGGGGUGCAGCAGGAGACCCAGGUGCCCCUGGGUUCGGGACACCAGGCAAAGACGGAACUCCUGGAUCUCCUGGAUCACCUGGAGGAAAGGGACUCAGAGGAGAUAACGGUAGAAACGGAAACCCAGGACGAAGUGGACGACCUGGAUUUGACGGUGCUCGAGGAACCCCAGGGAGUGACGCUGGUAAAGGAGAAAUGGGAGAUGCUGGAUUUGACGGAAACCCAGGGUUCCGAGGAAACCCGGGAAGUCCUGGUAAAAGAGGAUCCCCAGGACCUGCAGGUCUUGCUGGGGAGCCUGGCAGUCCGGGUAGAAAUGGAUUCCCUGGUAGGGAUGGUAACCCUGGUAGAGCUGGAGUUCGUGGAGACAGGGGCAACCCUGGAACACCUGGACUUAAUAUGAACCAGCCCGGAGCCCCAGGAGCUCCCGGAGCAAAAGGACGACCAGGAAACCCCGGCUGGGGCGGAUUCCCUGGCGGUCCUGGUUCACCCGGAAGACCCGGAAACCCCGGAAGACAGGCAGGUCUCCCUGGAUACCCUGGAACUCCUGGAGCCGAGGGGAAAUGUGGGGAUCCCGGACCAGACGGGACGCUCCUGGGAGGAGGUGGCUUCAGUAUCGGGCGAGGCAGACCCGGUCCUCCAGGGAGAUCAGGGGUGACCAUGAGAUCCGAAUACGCUCAAAUUCAACAGUACACUAUCCACUCGCAAACAAAUCAGGCUCCUUCCUGCAGCUUCGACUUGAAUGAACUUGCUCGCCUUAACGGUGGACGAAUGCCGAGAAUAGAAAAAGAAUCCUCAAUAGCCCUCUGGGAAGGAUUCAGUGCCCUGUACAUGGACACUUCCUCUGGUAGCGGUUGGGGACAGCCUCUUUCCUCCUCUGGUAGUUGUCUCAAGAACUUCGAGAUUCAGCCGGUUGUGGAAUGCAGUACCAAUCCCGGGUGUGAGGUAAAGUUUGACGAGAGUAGCAUGUGGAUGAGUACAUGUCCUGAAGAAGGGUCUGGAGACACUAUUGGAGAGUUCCUUCCCUACGGAGAGACAGAAUAUGACGUUGCAAACCCUAAACCGGUAACGGAUUACAUAUCUCGGUGCUCAGUAUGCCAGAGUACCUACCCUUGGUUGGCAGUCCACAGUUUUAACGAUAGAGUUCCUGAAUGCCCGCAAGCCAAUAACGGAAAGUUUGAAGCUUAUACGCUUUGGGUGGGAUGGAGUCUUAUCAUGGCUAAAGACAGAGGUGGUGGUGUUGGACAAGAUUUGACCACUCCUGGGUCUUGUAUGAGACGGUUCUCCCCGCUGAUGUCAGCCAAGUGUCAGUACGCUGGAACUUCAGUGAGCGGUCCUAAUUGUGUGUUCCAGUCUUCUGGUGCCGAGAUAUUGUUCGUCAGGAACUCUGAGAAAGAGUUUGAUGAUGAUGUGGAUGUUGGUGUUCUUGAUGACGACCUUCAUACUUACUUCUCCAGAUGCGCUGUAUGCUUGCUUAAGAUUCUCCGAUAAGAUGACCGGAUUGGGUGUUCUCUGAAUUGGAUUUUAUGGUUGAUGAGUUUUGAGAAUUGUUACAAAUGUGAUGAUGAUAUAUUUUGCGUGUAUUGAAUUUGUAUGAUUUGAUUUCUCUUCAAUUUUCAACUAAUUUUUGUUCAUAUUUACCACUGUUAAUACCAGUAUAGACAAUAGAUUUAGUAUUGCUUAGCGCGCAUAACAAGGCGCGCAUAACA